AUGCCUCUCAAGCUAAAGAUCCGCAAUAUAUCCAGACCAAUCUGUCAGCUUCUUGAAAACGCACUUGAGCAAGCAGGGAAACGUGAGGCAGCACAGAGAUUCCGCCAGAUCCAACACGAACGCUUCGGGCUCUCCAACAGCGAGUGGGAGAGUCUUCGGUCCUACUUCAUAUACGAUGAGUUCAUAUGGAUUUCAAGACAACGCGGGAAGUCUCUCCGGUACAUGAUGGACGAUAUUGUGCCAGCGUCAGAGGGGCCUUGCCGCGGCCGGCCACCCGAAGACUAUGAGUUCCUGUGUGCCAAUUUCAAUGAAAAUAGGGAAGAGCGCCGGAAGGCAAUCAAGGCAUUUAAGUCAGCAAGAGAACGGAUUAAGAAGUCACCUCUCUAUCGCGCGAUGAAGUCCCAGCAACGGUGCAAGGAUUGGCACAUGUCAGAUUGGCUGGUGUCGCGCUGCAAAGAAUCCGGUGGAUGCUGUGCGCGAGAAUGUGGCUGUUGUAAGAAGAAAGCUUACCAGAAAAAGGACUGCAAGGGCCAUUAUACGCCUGCCUGUAACUGCUGCCAGAAAGACAAAGGCUUGCUUUUACCUAUUGAUCUUGAAGGUUACCGGGAAGAGUUAUAUUUUAAUGUUGACCCUGCGGACUCGGAUGUUUUCAGCCGCAGGAUGAUGGAUGCUUAUGUUUGGGGGCUAUUAGAAAAGAAUGAAAUUGCCCCUUAA